AAGGAUUUGCAGAUAAAAUCAUUUACUCAACCUUAACUCAGAUAGUGAGAAACUGCCGAUGCUGGAGUCAGAGAUAACACAGUGUGGAACUGGAGGAACACAGCAGGCCAGGCAGCAUCAGGGGAGCAGGAAAGUUGACAUUUUGGGUCAGAACCCUCACUCAACUUUAAUUGUUUGGGAUGUAUCCUUUUUUUAUACAUAGAGAGAUUCUUUUUAGAAAAACUGAAAGGGAUCUAAUAGUGUACUCUUGUAUUAAGGUGUGUUGUGACAUUAAUGCUAUUCAAAUUAGUCAUCUUGCAAUUUGAAUUGUAAACCCUGUUGCACAUUGUCUUGGAAUGCAUGUACUGGAUAAGUACCGUUUUGCUUCUGAUUUUUCAGGGGUCCGCCUAUGACCUGAAAGCUGGCUGCCUCUACUCGCAGGCAGGCUUCUCGCCAGGCGGCGCUCUUUACUCGCCUUACCGCCCGAUAGCGCACGGGGACCCGGGCCGAGCCAAGAACGCUACCCGGGAGAGCACCAGCACUCUCAAGGCCUGGCUGAACGAACACUUAAAGAAUCCUUACCCAACCAAAGGCGAGAAGAUCAUGCUGGCGAUUGUCACCAAAAUGACCCUGACUCAGGUCUCCACCUGGUUCGCCAACGCCAGGAGGCGGCUAAAGAAAGAAAAUAAGAUGACCUGGGUCCCCAAGACCAAAUCGGACGAGGAGGAAAGUGAAAGCGAUGAGGAGGAAGGCAAGAAGGAGGCGGUGGACGGAAUGCAGGACAAGGAGCAGCAGAAGCCGAGUGGCGAUGGAGACCCUGGGCAUGGAGCUAGAGAUGGCACUGACUGUGAACGGGGCAACGAUGUGAGGACAGGCUUGGAAGGGAGCGAGAGGGAGACCCCAGAAAGGGGAAUGUCUGAGGAGCAGGGCGCCGUAAGCAAAGCAAGCAGCGCGGAGUCGAAAGACAGCACCGGGCCAGCGCUCAAACCCAAGAUCUGGUCCCUGGCUGAAACAGCGACCUCUCAGCACGGGAGAAGCAAUAGGGGACAGGCAGGCACCGUCACUCACUACCAGAUCUGGGCAGGUGCCUGUUUCACAGAUGGACAGCUUGUGUUAAACAGUCAUUCCAGACUGGAGCCCAAAAGGAGAGACAUUGCAGGUACUGACCAAUGAGAAGGGACAAAAGGCGAGCCGACAUCCAAUGUGCAAAGUGAAAGUUUGGGCAAUUUCCGGAUGCACUUUUCAUCUGGGAAGAUGUGCUGUCUGUCUCUCUCUGUCUCUGUCUCUCGGUCGACGGUGAUUGGGCUGGGAAUGAGAGCGAUUCCACACACGUCUAACUGUGUGCUCAGUACCUAGGGUGUGAGUGAAGUGGGUGGGGGCCUGUAAAAGAUUAAUUUAUAGUCAUUAUCUUAAUACAAAGCACGACAAUUAAUACCAGGCAGCACAAUUCCUGUACAAUUAUUCCUGUACAAUGUUAAAACACACAGGCCACAACCUGGGUAAAGUGGAACUUUUCAGUGAGAACGUGCAAAUAUUCUAAAAGUCUGCUAUCCACACGUAGGUGAUUACAACACUGGUCCGGCUACCUUACAAGUAAUCUUCGAUUCUAUAAGCCAACUGGCUGUAUAACAGAGUUCAAAUUUGACAUAGAAACCGAAAAAACUGCGGAUGCUGUAAAUCAGGAACUAAAACAGAAGUUGCUAGAAAAGCUCAUCAGGUCUGGCAGCAUCUGUGAAGAAAAAAAAUCAGAGUUAACGUUUCGGGUCCGGUGACCCUUCCACAGAACACCGGACCUGAAGUGUUGAUUCUGAUUUUUUUCUUCACAGAUGCUGCCAGACCUGCUGAGCUUUUCCAGCAACUUUGUUUUUGUUCAAAUUUGACAUAAUGGCCAGGUUAAAUGCGCAACAAAACGGAAGAGAUCUAUACUCUCUGCAUUCACUUUGCAGGGUCACCGAGAUUAAGCAUGCAACAUUUGUCAGUGUCGGCCUUUUAAAAAAGGGGUUUCAACAUAUAUCUGGGAUGUUUUUUACUUAUUACUGAGUCCCGGUUCCAGUGAAAUCUAAUCCGCAGAUGCUGACGUGGUGGAUAUCACCACUAUAAAAGAGUUUAAUGCUACAGACGGCGUUUAUACAUUUUUUAAAAACUUUUCACGGCUUGGUUCAUAGCUUCUUAUGACAGUCCAUCUCGACUGCCUUUGAUCAGUGUUAAGUUAGUCCAAUUUGUAAGAGGCGGCACUGAAACAAUGACCUUAUAUAAACUGCCUUCUUGGAAACCAUUUGCAGGUGUUUGACUCCCCCGAGAUUUUUGUUUUGAAACGUAAGAUGAACUAUGCUAAUAGUGUAUUUAUCAACACAACAGUUUAUAAGGGAAAACAACCAAAUUUAAGUUAGGGCAUGGGAUUAGGAGCACUGUUUGAAAACAAUAAAAUCAAUCUAACACUCCUAAUUGGAAAAUGUUCGUAUGAAAUUACAUCUAAAAUCUGUAGUUUAGUGAAACGGAAAUUACUUCAAUAAUGCAGAAGUAUUUCUCUGUAACAUAUAUAAUGAAAACAUUGCAGGACGAAAGAAAAGUGGGAAUGUAGUGAGUGCACUUUCUCCAUCGUCAGAGCAUCUUUGUGUCUAUUGGCCAUCACAAAUCUUAAGAUUCUUUAGUUUCUAAUCCUUGUCUAAAUAACAAUUGGUGCACAGCCAGUUAAUGAUCCACUAACUUUCUUCCCAAUCCUUUUCCAUGUUCAAAUUAGCCACUUUGUUUCCAGAUUUCAUAAGCGAGUGGGGAAUGAGCAUCUUUUAACAUAAAUCGGAGGUUUUCUUACCUUGUCAUAGUUUAUACGGUAUGUUUUGUAUAUUAAAAAAAGUGUUUAUACGACAAAGAAACUGUGAAUAAACAUUGGGC